CCUCGUUUAUGGCAGUCUCUGCUAAUUUAUUUCCACUCUUUUUUCUGCUGACAAAUACUCUAUGCUUAGGGUUUAUAAAUUAAUUCUAUUACUCUGAAUUGGUUAUAUCAAAUUUUAAUUUAAUCUAAUUAUGUUGUGAUUGCAUUCUGAUAAUUGUUCUCGAAUUCGCAGAUUGACUCGGUACUGUAUUUGAUUGAUAUUGUUCCAUACAAUGCCAUCGCUGUUUACUUUCAAAUGUUGAGUUGUUAGUUUGUUCUACAAUGGCAGCUGUUAGGGCUUCCUCUGUAAGACGUAUAGGAAUCACAAUCAAUGUUUCUUUCAGUACGGAAUUAGUUCAGCACCGUCACUCUCACCAUAGUGUGUUCAUGAACCUUGCAAGGUUGCCGAGUGACUUACCUAGUCAUCCUUAUUACAAAAGAGAGUUGCAGUCUGCUAAGAAUCAGUUUAGUAACUUGGCUUCUGAAUCCUUUGGAAGUAGACACCAAUUUGGUACUAGAUCCAAUGUAUCGUAUAAUCCUAGAUUCUCUAGCUAUUGUUUUCGGAGUGCCCUUCCUUUUGCUUCUGCGAGCCACGUGUUGAAUCGCCGAUUUUAUUCGUCGACGGUGGGUGGUGAUAAAGGAAGUAGAGAUGCUGGUACAGAAGUCUCUGCCGGUUCUGGUGCGAGUGACAUGAAUACCACUGGUGAUUCUGUUGCUGGGGGUGAUUGGGCUGAGAGGAUUAGAGAUGUUUGUAAGAGUGUGGGAGAGUCAGCAUCAUAUGCUGGGGAAAAGGUUAAAGCAGCAUCCGAUGAUCUCAGUCCAUAUGCUCAGCAGUUGCUUGAUUCACACCCAUAUUUAGGCAAGGUGGUUAUUCCGGUUGGUGGUACUUUAACUGCUACGCUAAUAGCUUGGUUCUUGAUGCCUGUGAUUUUGAGGAAAUUUCACAGAUAUGCAAUGCAAGGUCCCGUUUCUCUAUUGCCAGGAAGCAUGUCUGGAGAUCCAGUUCCUUACGAGAAAAGCUUCUGGGGUGCUAUGGAGGAUCCUGUGCGAUAUUUAGUUACCUUUAUGGCAUUCUCACAAAUUGGUGUAAUGGUAGCUCCAACAACUAUAACCGCAGAAUAUCUUGCACCAGUUUGGAGGGGUGCAGUCAUAGUUUCAUUUGUAUGGUUUUUGCAUAGAUGGAAAACAAAUGUUUUUGCACGGACAUUGUCCAGUCAAAGUUUACUUGGACUUGAUAGGGACAAAGUGCUCGCUCUUGACAAAAUCUCAUCAAUUGGUCUAUUUGUGAUUGGUAUAAUGGCUUUUGCUGAGGCUUGUGGUGUGGCCGUGCAAUCUAUUGUUACUGUUGGUGGUAUAGGAGGAGUGGCUACUGCUUUUGCUGCCAAGGACAUUCUUGGCAACGUGUUUAGUGGUUUAUCUAUGCAGUUUUCUAAGCCUUUUUCAGUUGGAGAUACAAUAAAAGCAGGCUCGAUAGAGGGUCAAGUGGUGGAAAUGGGUCUUACUACUACAUCUUUGCUGAGUUCAGAGAAGUUUCCGGUCAUUGUUCCAAACUCAUUUUUUUCUAGCCAGGUUAUUGUGAAUAAGUCCCGUGCUGAAUAUCGUGCCAUUAUUAGCAAAAUUCCUCUGCAAAGUGAGGAUAUAAGUAAGAUUCCCCAGAUAUCAGAUGAUGUAAAAAGCAUGCUCAGGUCAAAUGCAAAGGUUUUCUUAGGGAAAGAUGUUCCCUACUGUUUCUUAUCCCGUAUAGAAAGUUCAUAUGCAGAAUUGACUCUUGGAUACAACCUCAAACAUAUGCGCAAAGAUGAACUAUACUCUGCUGAACAAGAAAUUCUGCUUCUGGCAGUUCAGAUCAUUAAAAAUCACGGGGUUGCUCUCGGCAGCACAUGGCAAGAAAUGCCUUCUAAAUGAUGUGCUAUGCAAGUAGACAGUUUUGGAAGAAGUGGUUGCAAGACAUCGUGAGCUUUAGCUUUUACUAAUGCAAUGCUUACAAGGAAUUUGUCGUUCAUUCACACUAAAGCAGUUUUCCAAUACUAUAGUUUCCCCUGUGCAGUUGGUUCAUUUGCCUUCAGGUUUUAAUUUUGAUUUACUAAUGUGAUUUUUUUCGUUGAGUGAAUUUUGGCACUAUGUUUAUACUUAGAAGUUAUUUUUUUAAUAUA